UGUUCGGCGAAGUUUGAACAGCGUUCGGUCGGACGCCGCGCGGCCGAGAAACAGGAAGAGGAGGCGGCUCACGCUCGUCUGUGUGUGAUUGACAGGUACAUCAACCACUCGUGCUCCCCAAACUGCAUCACUGAGGUGGUCAGCGUGGAGAAGGAGAACAAGAUCAUCAUCAGCUCCUGCAGACGCAUCCAGAGAGGAGAAGAGCUGUCUUAUGACUACAAGUUUGACCUGGAGGACGAUCAACAUAAGAUCCCGUGUCACUGUGGAGCCGUCAACUGCCGCAAAUGGAUGAACUGAAAACACACACUCACACACACUCACACAGUGA